CACACACACCCCGAAGACCGAUGUCGGCAGGCAAUGACCCGUCAUGAUGUGUUGUCGUUAACGACUGGGGACGUUCAGUGCUCACUCCAGGGUGGUGGGUCUACAUAACACUGCUAUGUUUUGACCAGGGACUGUCGAUGUUAGUGUUCUGUUGUGGCCAGGGAUUACAAAAGAGGACUCCAGCAAUGGGCGAGAUAGCCUACAGGGUGUAGAGCAGGAACGUAGUGUUUUGCCAGCGACCUUGACCAAGGUUUGUACACAAAGGAAUUUCAAACGCUGUCCCAAUACUGCAUAGUUAAGAUAUCAUCGUUCUACUUUAGUGAAAAAGGCUUACUACUACUAUUUUUUGUUUUGUUUUUGGCCAACGAUGUUAUUGUUCAAUUUAUGUAGGGAUUUCAGUUUAAAAAUAAAGUGUACAUGAAGUGGGUCCAUUGAUCGAGGUAUUGUAUUUCGUUAGACCUUAUCAUAAACCGGUAGCAAAGUUGUGACACAUAAUUUCAUAAAUACAGCGUAGCGUUAGGGCGUUCCUAGAAAAGAAGUAAGGGCGAGAAAUUUCCUUAAAUCAUCAAAUAGCAAACAAACAAAAAAAAAAAUUAAAAAAAAAUUAUGUAUAUAUAUAAAACGCCAAUAAAAAACAACACUUUCUGCGAUUGGAUUUUCUAGUAUUUCAAUCUAAAGUAAUGAUGUGCACGCUAGUAAAACAAUGUCAGUCCUAACAAGUUUGCGUUAGGAUUUUUCGGAUUUUUUGUAACUCAGCGACGUUAAACUUCGGUUUCGGACGUCAGCAGUGUUCGAGUUUGGUGUGUUUGGUUCGAUUCCCAUCUCUUGGCAGAAGGCAAGAGGGAUUCGCAAUUCAUGGUCAUAGUGUUCACCAUAUCUUUUUAAGUUGUAAUUCAACGAACCUUAAACACAAAGUUUUUCCGUAUAAAUCCUUUAUAGAAUGUAAUAGUGAGCAAUGGAGGGUGGGGCUAAAAAUUCGACAAAACAUGGAUACAAGUAAUGCACUUUAAAGGAAUCCCAAUUAAUGCCCACGCCCCCAAAGCUCGCAACCGCAUAUUUUUUGUCACGCCCCCCUGAACUUUAGUAAUCUGCUACUAACCCCCCCCCCCCCCCCCCCCCCCCCCCCCCUUGUUUUCACCAACAAUUUUGGAACAAAAAAUGUUACCACAAAACGCACACUUGCGAUAUAUACUUUUUAAAAAAAAUCGAACUUAGCGUAGUUAUCGGGAAUUUUAUUGUAUUUUCCCUUUAAAAACAGGAAAAACUGAUUUUAGGGGUUGGAGUUGGGGGAUGGGGCUGAAAAUGUGAAAUGAGUCUAUGUGCUCAAUUAGCUGUCCGAAGAUUUUGCUUGCCAGCCAGCCAGUCAGCGAAAUUAUUAUAAAGGAUUUAAAAAGAGCAAGUCUCAGAUCGAUAAAAAAAUGUAUGAAAAUGUCGAAUUGUGGAGAUUGGUUCCUCUAAAUGUGGAGAUCGGAGUUAGAAAAAGCCACAUAGAAAUCAAUAAAACAUUACUAAAAUAGAAAAAAAGAUUAACUUUUCCAUUUUGGAAUUUGGUCCUUUGCCACUGCAGAUGUUUAGAAGUUUUGAAUUUUAAAUGCCACACUUUAUAUAGUUGGUGUGUGAUAGUCAAACACCUGGAUUCAAGUUGGAACCUGUAGUCGUACGUACUACGUACAUCAAGUCGUGAGGUGAAUUAAAAUGAUAUUGAAUUUAAUUCAUUCCCCAGGAUAAUUUUUGUGUCUUACGAGUCUUUCUGAAGAGGUUGGUUGAAAUUUAAAAAAAAAAAAAUCAAUUUCCUAACAAGUAUGACACCAUUCAGACAUCAAGGCCAAUGCCAUAAUAAUCCACGAGCAGCAGUAUUUACAGUUGAGAAGCUUCUCUUUCGUGAGCGUUGAAGUUAGUCCUUGGCGCUCAGUAAUCUCAGAGAACUGCUAUUUAUUACGGAGGCAUGGUUACUGAAUUCAGAAGUUAUAAAUAUUGUUAGUGGUUAUAAAUAAAUGUAUAUGUUCUACAAUGCCCCCCCCCCCCCCAAAAAAAAAAAAUAAAAUAUAAAAAAAAAUUUUAACAUAUAAUAAAAAAAAAAAAUUGAAUUCAGAAGUUAUAAAUAUUGUUAGUGGUUAUAAAUAAAUGUAUAUGUUCUACAAUGCACCCCCCCCCCCCCCAAAAAAAAAAAAAAAAAAAAAAAAAAAAAUAAAAAAUAAAAAAAAAAAAAAAAAAAAAAAAGUAUAUAUUAAAAAUAUAUUUCAAUUGUGAUAUAAAAAAAUAAAAUAAAAUGGUGGUAUGAGCGAUGACUUUGAUUAUACUAAGGCCUAAAUAUAAUCUCCUCGAGAUUUCUCAGAUGAGGACAAUUAAGUUACACAUUAUUGGGUCUAAGUUUGUUAACGAAAAUUAUGACUUUUUAAAUGAUAACAUAACAUUUAUUCAAGCUAUAUCAAUUUCGAUUAUGUCCUGUCCCUUUUUUUUAGAACAUAGGUCAAGGCCGGCGACAGGCGGUGAGGAGCCAUGGAAAAUACAAAAAAUUGUGGGGGCGUUGACGCAAUGUUAAAAAAAAAAAACUAAAAAAAAAAUAAUUGUAAUCAUCAAUAAAAAAACAAGCAAAAAUUCAAAUUGUAUAUAGCAAAUACUCACGAUGGCUUUGAAGCAAAAACAAAAAAAAUCACUUUACUUACUUUCGUGGUGGCAAGCACUACAAUAUGUUAUCCAUAGUUAGUUGUAUCUUUUCAACUGACAAUCUUGUUAGUCCACUCAAUCGAACCAGAGACAUUAAUGAUUUCAAAUAACUUUUUAUCUACUUGGAACACAUAGUGGAGCGGGGAGGGAAACGUCCUUGUAAUUCGAUUUGGUCUGGGUACCUGAAGCCUCCGGCGAUGUCAACCAGUGUGAGUAGUUAUUGAACAUGAUCGCGCAAAUACAUAUUCAUUCUGGUCAAGGUUUUUGGCCAUUCUGUCUUCUAACUACAUUAAUAGGCAAAGCUAAGCCUAUUAAUUGGUCUUGGUAAUGACAUUAUUUACAAUUAAAUCAACUUUGAUAUGUCACACGAAUCGUUUUUAUGUAUAUGGCACUGGCCCAUUAAUGGCUACUACAAGAAAAAAUUUGUCUAUUAAAAGAUUCACCGAGUCACUCAUUCACGUGAUCAAACCGAAUGUUUCCACACUCAAGCAAACACAUUUCCCAGUUUCUAAUUUUGCUCACCAACAGCAAAGUCCAAGCCAUUUAAACUUAACGAACAUUAUUUGUAUGAAGACAUUUUAUUUUUUAAAACGUUAGAUUAUCUAGAUUAAAAAAAAUAAAAUAAAAUAAAUGAAUUCUGUUUGAAGAAAAUAUAGAAGUACUUUCUUAUUUGUGCAAUAUUAAAUCCACAUUCCUCCUCCUGAGUACCUUAUAUAGAUUUAUCCGUAAGUCCUAACCAUGAAAUGCAUAUUGACAUUCACAUAUCGCAUAAUAUACUCUGUUAAUUCUUUUAAUAUUCUAGGUAUAGUUAAAAAACUUGUCUAAAAGAUGGACGACCACUACGAGGGCGACAGUCGCCCGGAGGCGGAAUUCGACCCGUUUCAAAAGUUGAAAUCCAGCCCGCCCACGAAUGGAGCACGGAUCCAAGGUCAAGGACAGCUUCCCGCCAAAAGCGUGAAGCAGUCUCCCUUCAGCAGAGAUUUCAUCGACUCCAUGUUCACGGUCGUCAACAAGGAUCUGCUCUUCUGCAAGCUCUUCUACUUUUUUUUCUUCGGCGCCUUCGGUUCUCUCUUCCCGCUGCUCGCCAUCUAUUUCAAGCAGCUGGGGAUGAACGCGUCGCAGAGCGGUGUCCUAAUCGGAUUCAGGCCCUUCAUCGAGUUCCUCAGCGCCCCCUUCUGGGGCGGGCUUGCGGAUAAAUGGCGAAGGGGUAAAGAAAUGCUGCUGUUUUCUCUCGUCUGCUGGAUCGUCUUCACCCUCGCCAUCGCGUUCGUUCGCCCCCCUGCUCACAAAUGCAUAACCUUCAACGGCACCCACAACCUCCUGGAGGUUCCGCUCACCCGCAGGCGCCGUGACGCCAGUACCGUGACGGAUUUCAACAUGGCUCCUCACCACGUGAUGGGACGCACCCACCACGGCUAUGCUCAUCGUUCAGAUCUCCACCAACUUAACGAUCCGACACAGGAUAUCAAGUUUCCUUUUCUCGAACCGACGACCGUGGAUAUCUUAACCGCUGGCGCCAGAAUCAGUGACCCGGAUGUGAUGGGUGGAUAUAGUACGUUGGAUCAUGACGUCAUUGUCCUCCCAGAUGACAUGAGUCCCUAUUAUACAAACCACCGGUACAAACGAAGUCCGUACGUGGAUCCCAGCAAGAUCGCCUAUGCCAAUGGUACAAACAUGAAGGGUUUGGUUUUCAACAAACAUUCCGCUAUUGUUUACUUGGUAAGUCUGUAAGGAUAAAAAUUUUUAAAUAGCUCUUUAAAAAACAAAACAAACAACACUUGCAGUAAAGGGAGUCAACAUACAAUGGAUUUCGGAAGCACAUUUACAAAAAAUAAAAACAAUAUUAUGCAACUAGCUCUUAAAGAAGAGAAAACAAACAAGAUGCUACACAGAGUGUGCUAUCCAUAUGAAAAAAUUCACAGGUAUAAAAAAAACGUGUUUUUUUCCCUCUGGGUAUACUGAACAUUGAAUGCUUUUUUAAAGAAUCAUAUUAAAAGAACGCCUUAGGAACAAAAAAAUUUAUUAUUUUUGGGUUAAAAAUAUACUUUACAAGAAGCAUUUUUUUGUACGCAGGUUAUAUAAAGUGACAGGAAUUAUAUAAAAUGACAGGAAUAUAUAAAGUGACAGGGAAUAUAUUAAGUGAAAGGGAAUACAUAAAAAAAAACAGGAAUACAAAAAAGUUACAGGGAAUGCAUAAAAUGACAGGGAAUGCAUAAAGUGACAGGGAAUACAUAAAGCGACAGGGAGUAAAUAAAGUGAUAGGAAAUGCAUAAAGUGACAGGGAAUACAUAUAGUGACAAGGAAUAUAUAACGUGACAGGGAAUGUAUAAAGGGAUAGUGAGUACAUGAAGUGACCGGGAAUACAUAAAGUGACAGGGAAUACAUAAAGUGACAAGGAAUACAUAAAGUGACAGGGAAUACAUAAAGUGACAAGGAAUACAUAAAGUGACAGGGAAUACAUAAAGUGACAGGGAAUACAUAAAGUGACAGGACAUACAUUAAGUGACAAGGAAAACAUUAAGUGACAAGGAAUACAUAAAGUGACAAGGAAUACAUAAAGUGACAAGGAAUACAUAAAGUGACAGGGAAUACAUAGAAUUGGUUCCUAAUAAAAGACGUUGAAACAAAUGGCCUAAGCUACACAAUGAAAAAACUAGAUCAAAAUGAACAGCUGUUCAUUCAAAAUAAAUGAACAAUAUUUAGAAAUAUCAGUUCAUAUCAGAUUUUAUUAGUGUUUUGUUUUUGCGAACCAUCGUUUAAAGUUGAUUUAACCAUUUAAAAUUUAAAAGUAAUACACAUCGACUAGAUGAAAUCGAUGACUCUAAGCGAUUCCGGAUCGCAAAAGAAAUGGCGACUUAGAACACUACACGAAACAGCCCUGUUUGUCCUUUAAACGCAUGCAUAGUCACAUAAUUAACAAAUUGCGCAAAAUAUUAUUGGUUCUUGGGGGUUUGGGGGUUGGGGGGGGGGGAGAAAGGGCACACAGGAAUGAACUGAUCCUCCACACCCACCGCCCUGGCACUCCAUUAAAUGCCAAAUGUUACAAGUCUAUGUUUUAGUGCGCCUCUCAUAUGUCCCCGCCCCCCCCCCCCCACGCAGGAGGACGAGGUGGCCCAAGCGUUCUUUACCCUCCUGCUGCUGGUCAUCAUCGGGGAGUUCUUCAGCGCGCCCGCCAUCACGUUCGCCGAUUCGGUGACGCUGUCGUUCCUAGGGGAGGACACACAGAACUAUGGCCGACAGAGGAUGUUUGGAUCACUAGGUAAACACGGAGUGAUUGCUUUCGGUCCCCGUGGGAAGCGAAGUAACGAUAUGUCUGCUUAGUUUUUGUGGAGAUGUUUGUAUUGAUAAAUAAGUAAAACCAUUUUAAUAUAAAGUCAUAAAAUGGGCCAUGCCCUCAAAUGCACAUUCUCCUUUAAUGCCCUUUUUUUUUUUGUUGAUAAGUAGUUAUAUCUCUAAUGUUAUAAGAAAAUGUCUUCAAUAAAACUGACUAAAAUAAAAAGAUGUUGAUAAAGGGGGGGGGGGAGAGAGAGAGAGACUGAAAUUAGGUUGGGUAAAAGGAAAUAAACCAAACAAAAUAGGGAAAAACCUAAAAAAGGGACGCAGCAAAAGAAUGUUGCUUUGUUGCCUCAUUUGUUCAGUGUUAUAAGAAAAUGUCUUCAAUAAAACUGACUAAAAUAAAAAGAUGUUGAUAAAGGGGGGGGGGGGAGAGAGAGAGAGACUGCAAUUAGGUUAGGUAAAAGGAAAUUAACCAAACAAAGUAUGGGAAAACCUGAAAAAGGGACGCAGCAAAAGAAUGUUGCUUUGUUGCCUCAUUUGUUCAGGUUUAGGUUCAGCCAAACAUUUUUUUUCAGCUCAUUUGCAUUAAAUAAACAACAACAACACUAUCUCAUGAAAAGACUUACUGAAGAAAUAUUCACAGUUCUCUCCCCUUUUAAAAGCUUUCACUUUACUUGAGUUAGGAUUAAAAAAACUAUAGCCGCUAUUCGGACACGGGUCUCUUUAGACUAAAUCCCACCUGAUGUCAUUUGUGGUAGUUUAUUUUGGCUAAACUGAAGAAGUAAGUUUACAAACAAAUAAUCCAUUCAAUUAUCUUUCAUUUGAUACCUCAUUUUGUCUUACGUACCCAACAAUAAUAUUUUAAAUAUUUUUGUUUAAUCCCAACCUCUCACUUCUGGUACCCGGGUACGAAUAACCACUUCGUUGCCAGAAAUCGUCACACAGAGAUUUAGUUAUGCUUUAUUAGGUUCUGCUUAUUUCCCUUUGGGUAUUGGCAAACUUCCUAGGGUAAAAAAAAAUAUUGGUUAAAUAUAAGGGGAGAUGACUUUGAAAGGUGCUAGAUGUAGGUUAAAGUUUGUGCAGGUCUUGAAAAACAAAAACAAAUUCUAUCAUAAAAAUGCAAGUCGACGGACUUGUUAUUAAUUGUAAUGGAGUAAGAGUCUGAAGAAUGGUAUUUUCCUCAUAAUGACCACGUGUCUCAUAUUAGAAAUAUAAGGAAUGCACAUAUACACAACACAAACUUUCAUCCACGGAGCUGGAGGUCUAGUCGAUUAGAUUUGACCAAGCUAAAAAUCCUGUUGCCCUUGAGCUAAAGAAUAUCUGCAUCUCGACAGGGUCAAAGGAGUGGUUCACAGUUGGCGGAGGAACGAGAGAUACGGAGAAAAAUCUCCCCCCCCCCCCCCCCCAAAAACCCCCCCCCCCCCCCCCGACAAAAAACAACAACAACACAACAAAAUAUAUGUAUUCCUGAAAAUUAUAAGAUAUCCUACGAAGUUAAUAUUUUCUUAUGUUUUAUUAUAAUUUAUCUCAUUUAUUAAUGUCCCCCUUUAUAUAUAAAGAUGUUUUAAAAAGUAUAAAAUUGUGUUAUUUUCUUACGUGGGAUCGCCAAUAGGCCCGUGGGUCUACAAUCGUAUAGAUACAUUAGACAUUACAUGGAAGAAGAAAGUAUGGGUGUACAUUGCGAACUGUUGAGUAGGUCGAUUCUCCGAUGGUGGAACCACAGAGUACGGUGCUAACGGCACCUAACCUUUACUGGGCGGGAUCGAUAACUAGUUGGUAUCGAUUGCUCGACGCCCGUGUUUACCGUGCCUAAAAAUGUUUCAAGCUCACCCCCCAUACCCCAAGCACCCUGCCCCCCACCCACACCCCCUCGCCCCCACCCACAAAAAGAACAUUGGCCCGUUUGUUGAAUGCAUCCCUCCAGUUUGAAACACUUUCUACCAACUCCCGCAUCUUAGCGGGUAAGUGAUAAAUUGUGUGGGGAGGAGGGUUGGGGCGUCAGGGUAAUGGGUAAUGGAGGAGGGGGAUGGUGUCUGCACUGGUUUGCAUUUAAUUGAUUUUCUGAAAGGAAAAUUUAUUGCUGUUUUUCUUUUCUUUAUUAAAAAAAAAUAAUUUAGCUAUUUUUAGUUGAGUUAUUUUGGAGUUGUUUGAGUGAAAAGAAAUAAAAAGUGUACAAAUUCUGAAGUUGUCAACAGAAUUAUUGGAAGGUAAAAAAUGUGUUAUCUUGGGAUUGCAUAGCGACCAUAUGAAUGAUUGAUGUGCACUUAUCAGGGCUUUGUUGGUGAUCGCGUUUACAGAAAAACUCUGGAUGUUUGACUGAUGUUUGUGUGAAUGAUGUUUGUUUGAAUGAUGUUUGAAUGAGGUUUGAAUGAUGUUUGAAUGAUGUUUGAAUGAUGUUUGAAUGAUGCUUGAAUGAUAUUUGGAUGAGGUUUGAAUGAUGUUUGAAUGAUGUUUGAAUGAUGCUUGAAUGAUAUUUGAAUGGUGUUUGAAUGAUGUUUGAAUGAUGUUUGAAUGAUGUUUGAAUGAUGUUUGAAUGAUGUUUGAAUGAUUUAAUGAAGUUUGAAUGAUGCUUGAAUGAUGUUUGAAUGUUGUUUGAAUGCUGUUUGAAUGAUGCUUGAAUGAUAUUUGAAUGAUGUUUGAGUGAUUUAAUGAUGUUUGAAUGAUCCUUGAAUGAUGCUUGAAUGAUGUUUGAAUGAUGCUUGAAUGAUAUUUGAAUGUUUGAAUGAUGUUUGAAUGAUGCUUGAAUGAUGCUGGAAUGAUGUUUGAAUGGUGAAUGAAAUUAUUGUAUCACAAAGAACUAUGAGGCUGUUGGUUUCGUUUCCGGAGUUUUUGUUUGUUAAAGACGUACGCUUACUUAGCGCAGCUGUUCAGAUGUGAAUAAUGCAGGCAGACCGGAUGGAGGUUCAAUUAACAAAAAAAGAUAAGUUUAAAAUCGACAAGAAGGAACACACGCUUUUAAAGCGACCACUUUGUUAUAGACAUGCACUAAGAAGUAUAAACAAUUUUCUCUCCAGCUAUAGCAAUACGUUUGAUCAAAUGGGACUAACCAAUAAAAUUAUGGGAUGUCAAAUGGUAAUGGGAUAAAGGUGAUGGGAAAAAAUGGACAUUGUUCGGCGAGGUGAAAUGCUGGACAUCUCAUGAAAGAAACCUGACUUAAGUAACUGUCGGCAUAUGUAAUAUUGCUAUGUAAUCAGGAGGUCAGCCCGAUAAUUCACUCUCCUUGACAUAUCCAUGAAAGCAGUGUUUUUAAAGGCUACUCACUUUCUUAUCCAACUCAGUUUCUUAUCCAACUCAGUUUCUUAUCCAACUCAGUUUCUUAUCCAGCUCACUUUCUUAUCCAACUCAGUUUCUUAUCCAACUCAGUUCCUUAUCCAACUCACUGUCUUAGACAUAUCCCACGAAAGCAGUGUCUUUAUGAGCACAGCAUGAUUUUAUUAUUAUCUCAUAUAAAGAACAAAUAAAGUGUGAAUGCUUAAAUGCAAUUUCCUUUUUUCACCAUUUCCAUAAAACCUUUUAAUGUAAAAAGUUUGUAUGAAUAUAUUUUUAACUUUAGAAAUGUAUUUUAUCUCUUAAUAUAUAUAAGCAGUGUUUCCCAAACCUUUUUUUUUUGUGACGUUUCCCACAUAAGCCUUUCUAAAAUUCCUAUGACCCCAUAUAUAUAAUAUAUAUAUAUAUAUAUAUAAAUAUAUAUAUAUAUAUUACACACAUUUUAUAUUCAAGCAUUGAAUUGAAUCUCACUAAUUGAAAACGAAAUGAAAGAUUUUCAGAAUAAGGAAAAAGGAAGGCUUAGGAAUGAAUCGGAUUUACGAAGAAAUUUUCAAGGAAACACAAUAAGUAAAUUUUUAAAACAUAUAGUGGAGGACUGUCAUUCAAGUGCAAAAUGAACGAUUUUCUCAAAUGUUUUAAUUAUUUAUCAUUUCAUUUAUUAUUCAUUAUUUUAUCAUUUUAAAGCAGCCAUUUCUUUGCACAUCACACCAGGAGCACCAUCUGCAGCACAAGAUAUUCUAUUUAAUUUUUUAUUUGGUAUAUUAUUGACAUCUAAGUUAUUCUUUAGCUCAUUAUACAUGUAUAUACCUUUGGCAGUAGUGGUGCUUUCUAAUGAUUUCCAAAAAAAAAUAAUAAAAAAAUUCUUCAGCAACAUCUCCUUUAUCAAUAUAUCUUAAGUUAUCAGAAAGGCCUCUCUGUCUCUUAAAAUUGAUUCAUUUGCACAGACAAUUAUUUUGUUUUCAGCUUUUCAACAAGUUGCAUUUCAAAAUCUUCACUCAUUCAAUCUAUUAUAUAUAUAUAUAUAUAUAUAUUUGAUAACAGUAUUGUUACUGAGUGUCACAGCGUUCACGUCUUUGUCGUCUUUUUCCAGACCAGUUUUAAGAAAUGCUGAUAUUGAUGGUUUGAUUGAAUUCUCUCCUAUAGUAUGAUAUUUUCCCAGAUUUAGCUAUGAGUAAAGAUAUUUUAUAGGUAGUCUCAAGCGUACGAUUUGCAGCUGCAGUAUGAGCAGUAAACAGAGACUUUAAGGUUGUCCUUUUUCCAUAUUUUUUAUUUAAUGUUUGAAACUAUGUUAGGCCUUGCAAUGCGCCUCAAGCGGUUGGUUUUCAACUUCUAGACAACUCAUUUUCGAAUUGCCCCCCCCCCCCCCCCCCCCCCUUGUGGGGCCCACGUUGGGAAACAACGAGCUAAAGUGUGUUACUAAUCACGAAAGCCGGUUCAUUAGAUCUGGUUCAUAAAUUGAUGUCAAUAUUUCACCGACAUCCACUAAUAGCAACGUUUUUUUUUGGGUGUGCAACAAAUCCUAAGGAGAGACAUACAAAAAUAUUAAAAAAUAAAUAAAAAGAAUAAAAAAAUUAAAUUAUACUUUAUAUAUUAAAUAGCUAGAUGAACUUGACUAAUAAGAAAUGGUACUUACAAAUUCAUGCAUAAAAUCCCAGCGGCUGUAUGUAAAGGUAUUCUUUUUAUCUUUAUGAAAUGGCUGCUUAGAACAGUUUUGACUGAACUUUUGUGCGACGAGGAAGGUUAAAGGAUAGAGCAACAUUUUUUUGUUAGUUUUUAGGAUACCGGAAUAUUAAUGACAGCUGUCACACAGGCGCUCGGUGGGCUUGUUAGUGCAUGUCACCCAACGUUAUAAACAGGAAAUAGCUCGUCACUACCGACCUUUGACAUUUAAUUGUCUUAGUUGAAAGAUUGUUUGGUCCAUUCGCACCACCCCCCCAAAAAAAUAAAUAAAUAAAUAAAAUAAAAUAAAUAUUUUAAAAAAAAAUCCCACUAAUUCUAUUUAACUGGGUCAGAAUUAAAAGCUAAAUACACUGAUUAAAAAGUGGUCAGUCUUGUAAUAGUUUGAUUAUCUCAUAAUUAUGAGUAGUUAUUAAUGGUAAAAUGAAAUUAUUAUAAUGACAAGCGUAUUUUAAUCCCUCAAAUCGCUUUAUUUCCCUGGACUUGGCCACCAGUAUCACCCACCACUAUAUAGAGAAAAAAAUGUAUCGCUAUGGGCGAAACCCCCCCCCCCCCCCCCCCCCCCCCCCCCCCCCCCCCCCCUGGGCUUACGAUAUAAUUUGUAGCGGUACCGUAUUUUCUCAACUUAAGAUGUCCUCCAAUAUUAAGGAGCCUUAUCAAACAAAUCAAAACUGCCGAGAACCAUUGGUUAAAAAAUGUAAUUUUUCAUUUUAAUUGAGUUCAAUGUACUUCAUUUUCAUCAACAGGCUGGGGGCUCGCCAUGUUCUUCGUUGGCAUGGCACUGGAUCACUCCACCACCUUCCCCGACCACCCUUGCGGGAAAGCCCACUUCAGUGAGAAGAACUACACAGUGUGCUUCGCUGUCUUCUCAGUCCUCAUGAGCUGCGCCUUUUUGGCCGCUCUACAGGUAUUUGUCGCAGCUUAGAAAUACAGCGAAAACAAUAACAACAAAAAAACAAAAACAAAACAAGAACAAAUAAACAAAACAAAACAAACGAAACCAUGAAUUCUUUUUCUAGAUUUAAAAAAAAUAGAUCUAAUUGGAUUUUCUAAAAUCCUCAUCUGAUUUAUUUCCAGAGCAGUAACUUAGCUGUUGAGGGCACAUCUAAAUUUGCGUAGACAUCCACAUUAAAAAAAUCCUUCGAUUGGUUGAGGCUUUUUAAAGAUAAGAGUUUAACCCCUUCCUAAAAGAUCAGCUAUUCCUCAUUAUAACGCGCCCAUUCCAACAUUACCCAAACCCUUGACUGGGAACAACCAUAGUAAAAGUUCGAACCCAAUACUUCUUGAGUUUUUGUUUAAGAAUACACAAAUUUUGGUUAUUAAAGAAUGCACUACUUUAUAGUGUAGUUAAUUUAAUGGAUGUAAUAAUAACUCCUUGACCCCAUAAAAAGAAAAGCAAGAAUUGAUGCUGAAUUGUAUAGACCUUAUGGAGCAUCGUAGAAAGCAUCUUUACACCAUCGUGUGACUAGGGACUCCCCUUAAGUAACAGGGCUUAGUGUUAAAAAAAAAAUGAAGCUUUUGCUUGUAAAAAAAUUGUUGACCAAUAAAUUAGCAUAUAUCUAGAGGCUGUGAAUUACGAGGUGAUAAACGCAUGCCCAACUCCGGAAACGGCAUAUCUUAAUUAUUUAUUUUUCGUGAAGUCCAUAGUCCUUCACUUUUAAUUUGUAUAACAAAAAUCCAGAGGCGUAGCGAGAGUGUUUGGCGCCCGGGGACAAGAUUUGCGCCCAGGGACAAGGUUCAUUUUAAAGCGCCCCCUUCUCAUUUUUCAUCUCUCAAACCCGUUAUUUUUAUCAAUAAAAUAAUAUCAAAGCACAUUUUGGCGCCCCUAACAAGCUAGCCCCCGGGGACAUCUGUCCCCCCCUUUUUUUUUCGCUAAGCCUCUGCAAAAAUCACAUUCUGAUUUAUAUCAUAGCCCGUAGUCUGAGUCACAUUCCUGGAUGCAGAGAAUUCAAAUACUAUGGUCUCUUGCUAGGAUUGUUAACCACACAAAUCAACAUCCAAUUACCGAAACGACGAGUCAGUAUUGCAAAAGGAGAUGUAAAUAUAACUUGGCAAUUCCAAGGCUACGGUUGUCAUGGCUACCUCAUCAUAAACACGCCUUGCCGUGACGCGUGCUUCUCGGCUGCUGGUUCUCUACUUCCUGGUUUAGGAUGAUGAAUGGGAGAUCAGAGGAAAAAAAAAAAGAAAGAGAAUUGGUCUAAAUAAUAUUUUCGUUAGGACAAUAAAAACAACCACCAAGACCUCUGGCGAAAUGCACUUUUAAGCAUCCUAUGGCUCUGUUAAAUAUCUCUCGUUUUUGUGCGGAAUAAAUUCCAUGAAACAUCACAGGAUUUCGAUCUUUUCUUUAGAUUUGCAAUUGAUCAUUUCACAAAACAACAUAAGUCACAACCAAAGCCCUUGACUAAUCCAGCAUCAAAUCAACAGUGAAACAUAACCCAUCUACAACCGGGUUUCAACAUUAAAUCUAUAGGGAUUGACCCGAUGUUAUUAGGUUAGCAUUUGGUCGACGUUUAACCAGCAAUUAUUUGCGUGGACCUAAGUUAAACCCAACACUUAGUCAACAUUAACUCAACAUUAACCCUAAGUAAAAACCACCCCCCCCCCCCAAAAAAAAAAAAAAACAAACAAAAAAAAACAACAAACAAACAACCAAACAAAAAAACAUCAACACUAGGUUAGCAUUUGGUCGACGUUUAACCAGCAAUUAUUUGCGUGGACCUAAGUUAAACCCAACACUUAGUCAACAUUAACUCAACAUUAACCCAAAGUAAAAACCACCCCCCCCCCCCAAAAAAAAAAAAAACAAACAAAAAAAAACAACAAACAAACAACCAAACAAAAAAACAUCAACACAACUUUAACCCAACCCAGGAUUAUCCAAACAUGGAACCAAAACUAGACCAUCCAGCAUUUACGCAUUUUAAAUCUGACAUUAACUCGUGGUUGAUUAAAUUUUAGCUCAGUGUUACCGGUAACUCAGCGUUAACUCAGAAUUAAACCAAGCGCCGAGCCAUUCCUAACCCCCACUCGCUGACCGUUUCAGUUCCGGUUUGACCACCACAGAGAUCGUAACCUGAAGCUCUCGGACAUCCCGGUCAAGGUGAAGGACAAGGUGAAAAGAGUCCUCUCCGGGCAGAAAAAGAUUGACAGAGAGAGGCUGGUGGAGGAGUACGACGACGACGAUGAAGAGUUCGGCGCCCGACAACAGACGUCGGAGAAUUACGAGGAAACGGGUGAGAACCUUGGUACCGUCGUCAGUCUCACCAAUGUCAGAGGUGUCUCAAUAAUAUCAGGGGUGUCUCACCAAUGUCAAGGGUGUCUCACUAAUUUCAGGGGUGUCUCACUAAUGUCAGGGUGUCUCACUAAUGUCAGGGGUAUCUCACUAAUGUCGGAGGUGUCUCACUAAUGUCAGGGUGUCUCACUAAUUUCAGGGUAGUCUCACUAAUGUCAGGGCUGCCUCACUUGUGUCAGGGGUAUCUUCAUAAUGUCAUGGGUAUGUCACCAUUGUCAAGAAUAUCCCACUAAUGUAAGGGGUAUCUCAUUAAUGUCAGGGUUAUUUCACUAAUGUCAAGGGUAUCUCGCUAAUGUCAAGGGUAUCUCAAUAAUAUCAGGGGUAUCUCACUAUGUAUCUCGGUGUUGAAGAUAAGCGACUUUUAAAUAUGAAAUAUGAACCGCUUCAUAAAUGACGUCAUUUGUCUAGUAAUGGGAAAAUGUGUGUGUGUGUGGGGGGGGGGUGGGAAUACUUUGACAUGUAUUAUUAUAUAUAGCUUUACAUUUUGUGACGAUUUUUGUGUGUGUUGGGGGAAUAGGCUGGUCCAAAAUAGACCAAAAUAGCAUGACGUCAUUUAUGGAUGGCUCUUAAAUGAAUGAUUGGAAAAUCAAUCCAGGUUAAAAAAAAAACAAAACCUAUUCCCUUGAUCAUUCCUUUCUGUUCAAGAUUAUUAAAAGCGCUUACUAUUUGAAUAUACCAGAUGUUAACAAACUCAUUUUUUUUUUUUUACAUUUUAAAAAUGAAAAAUAAAUGUUUAGAAUAUAAAAAAAAAAAAAAAAAGAAAAAAAAUUGUUCAGUAUCGCGAUCGUUCGUAUUUGGAAGGGUCCCUUUCAAAUUAAAAAAAAAAAAAAAAAUUUAAAAAAAAAAAAAAAAAAAAAAAGAGAAAGAAAAUUGUUCAGUAUCGCGAUCGUUCGUAUUUGGAAGCGUCCCUUUCAGAUUAAAAAAAAAAAAUGUUAAUGAUGUGUUUGUUAAGAAUCAUUAGACGUAUUUUCCUCUGCGAAUUUCUUUAUUGGUGAUAAACCUGUGCCUUGUAAUUAGCAGAAUCGAAUCUAAAGAUCAACCCAGCAGCUGGCUCCGACAUGGUAACCGAUGCUUUGAAAGCACCAGGUGCUAAGGUAAGUAACAUAAUUGGUGGCGAUACCAAAAUACAAAAAAAAAAUAGUAAAAAAAAUAGUAAAACACGAAAAUCAAGAGUUUGCGGAUACCAGGAAUGAAAUGUGGGCUAAAAAUAAAAGUUCAUUACCCUGAGAAGCAGACACAUGCACCCCCCCCCCCCACCCCCCCCCCCCCCCCCCCCCCCCCCCCCCCAAUUGCGAAAUGUUUCACAAGAUCCAAACCUUCUACUCUUGAUUUCAGCAUUUUCAGCUGAUGAAAUUUGUUAUUGCUAAAAAGAACACACAUUGGAUCGACGCAGUUGUAUAGCUUUAACAGUUUUAUAGUUUAUGCUUAAAAAUAUAUCAGUUUUGACUCAACUCCACUCUUUUUUUUUAAAAAUGAAAAGGAUACAAAUUGAUCAUAUUUAGAAGAAGUAUAACGUUUCAAUAAAUUAUAUGGAUGGGGACUUUUUAGAUUUUAAAGAGUGUUUUCAGGAUGUAGAAAAGGCUUUGUGUAACGUGAGGUAAAUAGUUGACAAUAACGUUACAAACAUAAUUAUCCUCCAUAAAGUUGAGUACCACCCUGUUAUUCACGCAACCCUCAUUUGUAAAAUUUCCAAUUUAAAAAAAAAAAAAAAGCUUUUGUUAGGGACAUUUUGUUAUGGCAUUUACCAUAGCAUUUACACGCACACACAAUUCAAUGUAUAACAGCUUCAUUUGUAAAAAGUGGGGAGGGGCAACGGUUGAAGACUGUACCCUCCAUUUUUUUUUUCAAAGAUCUCAUUUAAAAGGACCAAACCUCAUAACCUGCUUACCCCCGUCUAAUAUGGCUUCAUUGCGUCACAUGCAAUAAUUGGUAAUAGACACGGGGGUAAUAUUGAAGAGAAAGCGGUUGUGUGGACGGCUCUUAAUUAAGUUUUGCCGGCUGAACUUGAAGAAUUGCUGACAAUUUUGGCAUCGUGUUUCCUGUAUGCAUGUAUUGUUUGCCUGCAUCGGUGACCAAUUUAGAUUAUUAAGUUGAUUUAUGAGCCGUGAGCUGGGGGAUGUAUAACAGUUUUAUCAGCGUCUUAUUGUCAUAUAAAUUAAACCAGUCCCAGCCCCCCCCCCCCUUUUUCCCAAACCAAAGGCGAUUCUAUGUGGUUACGUAAGCAGUUAAGAAGAUGAAAGUGAGGACGGUGUUUUAACAGUCAAAGGUCAAUGAAUGAAUUUGCUCCCCUCACCCCGCCCCGUGAAUAACUUUUUAAAAAUUACUAUUAUUACUAUUAUUAUUAUAGUGAUCUUAUUUAGUGCGGUACUCCAGCCUGGGGCUAGGCUCACCGCGCUUCACAUAAAUAUUAGCAAGAAGAAACAUGGCAUUUACCAUAGCAUUUACACGCACACACAUCAAUGUAUAACAGCUUUAUUUGUAAAUUAUUAACAUGGUUUGGCCGACGAUCAACAAGUGUUUGAUGAGCACCUCCUGCGCAUGCUCUUAGAAGGCAAUUUGUAAGAGACUGGCAAAAAAUUGCAUUGCCUUGUUCCACCCGUUUUAUGAACUCUCCUGCCCCCCUCUCCCUGGUCGCUCCUGUACAACAGUUUGUGUAUAUAUUUACAUCACGUGACACAAAGUCAAUGCUACCUGACCUAAUACUACCUGACCUAAUGCUACCUGACCUAAUGCUACCUGACCUAAUGCUACCUGACCUACUCUACUCUUCUCCCCAGGCUGGUAGAGGCUUUGGUGGUGCCACAGGAGCCAUCCCUUUCGGGAGCAUAGAGUCCAGCUACUCGGACCAGCCUUUCUUUGGGAAAUGGAUAGCUGUGGUCAAGCUGCUUGCUACGUACCAGGUAUAGUUUCCAUACCUCGUGUCCCGAAACUAAGUGGGAGGAAGAGAUUACGGAAUUUUCCUUUGUGAAUGUUCUAUCGCUCACAAAUUUUUUUUUUGGUCGAAUAACAAUGCUCGAGUAUAGAUCUGUUACGUCAGUGGUCGGCAAAUCGCGGCUCGCGAGCCUCAUGCGGCUCUUUAGCAACCUGAUUGCAACCAUAAUGCGGUUUUGACUCCGAAAAACAAAGUUCUUGAUAGAUUCUGUACAAUAAAUUUGGCUCUCAAAACUUUUUUUUGCUGAUUUUUGGCUCUUUUGACUAAAGAGCUUGCUGACCACUGUGUUAGGUUGUAGAAUUUUGAUAGAAUGCCUGAGUUGUGCAUCGAAAAGUAAAGUUAAUUUGAAAAUUGUUGAUGACUUAUUCACGCAGUUUGGUUAAAUUUAAACUACACACCAUGAUUCAGACGCCUUAAAAAUGCAAUCCUUUUUUCACAUUUCACUGAAUCUGUUAUAUUCAUAUUUUAUUUCUUUCCCACUAAAUCUGUCAUGUUUCUUUUUCUAUAGCGUAUUUCAUUUGACAUGCCGUGUUUCAUAUUGUAAUACAUCUCAUUUAAUCAGUUUUUUUUUUUCAUAUUUCAGUCGGCCUACAUUUGAUGUCAUCCGUCGUUUCAUAUCUCCGUACAUAUCAUUAAAUCGUUCAUCUCUCCUAUUUCAGUACAUCUCAGUUCUGUUCAUUUCCUGGUUCAUGGGCUUCGGUAUCGGCAUCAUCUUCACGUUCCUGUUCUGGCACCUACAAGACCUGGGCGGGUCUCCGACGUUGUUCGGUGUGGCGUCCGUUAUAAACCACGUGUCAGAGCUGUUCGCCUACUUCAUGACCGGAAACCUCAUCGUUAAAUACGGUAGGAACGUUUCAAUUGUUUUACAGCAGCAUUGUGCAACAUUAAGCGAAAAUAGAAAAGAUUGAUACCAUCAAGUUGGUUAAAAACACAUGUUUUUUUUCUUCUUGAAAGCCCAGCAUUACUUUCGAAUAACAUUAUUGGGUAUUAUAGGACUUUAAUUAUAUAUUUAGAAAUGAUGAUUGACGGCUGUAGAGAAGAUGAUGUGGCUUGCUUUGAAAGGGUGAAAUCGCAAGGUCCGGGCUUUUUUGGUUUCGUUAUGUUCAAUACGCUGGUUACCAGUAAGAUCCUAUAUCUCCACGCAUCGGAGGAACCCAAAGUAUGGAGGAUACAUUCUCCGAACUGUUAUUGAUUCAAUGACAUGCCACGUAUGGGACUCAAUCUCCGGAUUUAGCUAAUUGGUUUGUCUCCCUUAGCAUUUAACCAUUGGCUUGUGGCUGCAAGGCAGAGGGUGUUUGCGAUCAGAGUUAUCCCGCCUCGUAAAUCGUCACCAUCCAAGGUUGACGAGUCCCAUCUGGUCGGGGUUUUGUCUAGGUAUUGCUGGGGCUUGAGUUCCAUCCCACAAGUGUUGCGCCGUUGAAACACUUGCCCACACAGUCACCAAUCAAUCUAUGGCUAAACGAGAUUGGAAAUUCACGAAUUAACUUGUCCCAAAUUUGUUGGGCACUCAUCGUCAGGUAGCACUGGUUAGUUAGCAGCUAUUUACUUUAAUAUUAUUGAAUUAUAAUAAUUAGCUAUGUAGCUAAUUAGCUAUUAGCGUCGGGAGCAUUUAUAUUUGUCAAAGACUGGCUGGUUGGAUCUAGUUGUCAGACGCAGCCAUGGGCCAGACUUAGCAUUCUAUAUCAAGUGAUCAGUUCGUAAGAGGCAUGUUUAAGGAUAUAUUUUGUUUUCCCACAGGCCACGUCAAGAUUUUAUACAUUGGAUUAGCCGGAAACAUAGCCAGAUUUAUGUACAUUUCUUUCUUAACGAAUCCGUGGUGGGUGCUGCCGUUUGAAUUUGUGCAAGGUGAGAUUGGGUUUGAUUUUUACACAUUUAUUCUUACAAGUUCGUCAGCAGCCAUUGUUAGUCCGUUUGUGGAAGGCAUUAAACGACAUUCUUUAAUGUUUAUAAUACACCAAGUGUUCCGCCCAGAAAGGGGGCAGAGAAACAGUUAAAAGGGCAGAUCUGAGGCAUAUCAUAUAUUUUUAAAACUUAUAGUUAUCUUUCAAAAUUAUUUUGUUAAACACCUUUCUGUGAGUUAAAAAAAAAAAAAAAGGAAAUGCACGUCUCAGUCCAGCUAAUCUCAAACCAAAUUUUGAUUAGUUCGGAACACUUUCAUCUAAUACAUUGCAGCGCUCAUGAAAUGAUACGUUAACGAUAUGUCUUCCACAGGUCUCACCCAUGCUGCCGUAUGGGCAGCCUGCUGUGCUUACAUCACGCACGCCAUUCCUGUAGAGCUGAGGUCGUCGGCCCAAGGGAUCCUGCAGGGCUUACACCACGGCCUGGGGAGGGGGUGUGGUGCAGUCUUUGGCGGUCUCCUGGUCUAUCAGUACGGUCAGUAUAUAUAUAAAUGGGAAAGAUCUAGUCUUUCAGAACAAUAAAUGUGGGGGAGUAGAUUAUUCUAUCAGUGCAAUAAAUGUGGGAAAUUUAUUGGUCUAUCAAUACAAUAAUAGUAAAGAAUAGAUAGGUCUAUCAGUACAAUAAAUGUGGGAAAUUCAUUGAUCUAUCAAUACAAUGAUUGUAAAGAAUAGAUUUGUCUAUCAGUACAAUAAUUUUGAGGAAUACAUUGGUGUAUCAGUACAAUAGUUGUGGGGAAUACAUUCGUCUAUCAAACAUUAAUCAUGGGGAGUACAAAGGUCUAUUAGUGCAAUAAUUGUGGAGAUUACCUUGGUCUAUCAGUACAAUAAUUGUGGGUAAUACAUUAGUCUAUCAUUAAAAUAAGUGUGUGAAAUCUUAGGCUCUAUUAGUACAACAAGAUGUUCAAUUUCCCGCCAUUUUCAGGCAGUGUAGUGACGUUUCGCAUCUACGGCGUCACCUGCAUCUUUGUGCUGGUCGGUUACCUGGGCAUCAAUCUCUUUUUGCAAGUAGGUCAUCCCCCCAUUUUCUACUACUAAGUCACACUAUUUACAAGCCAACUCAAACCUCAACAAUCCUAGACACUCCAGAACAUAUGUCCACGUUCGCGGUAGUAUUUUUGCAUACAGAUGCCAUGAGAUUGGCGAGCAGGACGGUGGAGGAGUGACUGGUAGGACGGGUUUGAAUGAGAUUUGUGUUUUGUUUUUUUGAACUCUUGAUUUCUAAUAACAAAUAACCUUCCUUUAAAAGAAUCAUCUUGACGUCAAUAUAUUCAAAUGUUUAAUAGCUUUAAUAGUUAAUAGAAUUAACUACAAACUCAGCCUGGAAAAAAAAGUAGCAAGUUAAAAAAAAAAAAAAAGAUUAAAAGAUCAAUAAAGUUAAACUUUGUUCCGUUACAAGGUGUGACAAUUAAUCCUUAUUUCUCUUUUAUCGCGUUGAUCGCCCUUGACUGUGGGUUCUUCUCAUUAUCGACUGACUUCCUGCUGGCGCAAUGUGUGACGCGGGUUUAUUGAUUAUGUAAGGCCUCAAACAAUAAUCUAAACACAUGGUUGUCGUCAAAACUUUUUAAAUAAAAAAACAACAACAAAUAAAAAAAAAAAACGAUUAAUUCCAUUAAGUUGCCGAACCAUGUUAGGAAAUGAAUUAUUUAAGAAGUGCUCACAAAUAGUAAAGAUGUUAGGGUAGACUUCGAUUACAGCACAGGAUAUCAAUUUUAUGAGAAAGUUUGAGAAAAUACAAUAAAAAAAGGUAAGGAUACAUUAAAUAAAAUAAAACUCAGCUCAUAGAAAGUCGACUACUUAUUCAAAAGUUUACCACGAAAUGAAAACGGUAGAAAGGAAAAAAAAGAAGAGUAAUUGGUUGCAGAAUAUUAAAAUGUAAAGUACCAACUUGCUUUGAUGAGCAUAGAAUAAUGUUUGUUCGAAAGCAAGUGGGGGUGAAAUGGGGAAAACGUAAACUUUUUAAAAAUUACACUUUAUUUUUGUACGACCCCCACCCAUUGUUUCCGUUUGAAAUAACUUCCUUUUAACAACAUUCCUUCAUAGCAAAUUUAUUUAGAACGAAUUGGUUGCGUGCUAAUAUCCGGACAUGGAUUGCGCCUAAUAUCCGGACAUGGAUUGCGCCCAGCUGUGCGUGGAGGAAAACGACAAACAAGACACGGAAAGACGUUUUCUCAUUAAUUCAUAUUUGUAUGUGACACAGAUGGCUCACAAAGACAUCACACGUAUAGAACUUGUUAGACGUAACAUGACUUGUUCACGGUCUGUACGUGCUUAUCAUACGUGUUAUCAAGCGAUCUUCGCAAUGUUCAUCAAGGGAUCUUAAUCUUUUCACAAAUGAUGUGUUCUUUCUUUGUUGUCAAGGACCGCGGGAAAUUUUCCCAUGGAGGAAAGGUCCCCCAUGAACUGUUUGAGGACACAUCUCACCUCGCCCCCCACGGCGUCCCGUCAGGUGUUGCCAGAGAUUUGUCCAGCACACGACUGGCCAAGGAUCCCAAACAAGGUAAGAAAUCUGGGUCAUUCAUUAAAUAAAAAUUUCAUACGAAAAAUAACUAGUCAUUAGGUAGAUCGCUCGACUUGCCCCAGUUCACAUUAGGUUUGAUUGUAAAUUUUUGACCAAUGAAAAGUGCCAGGAAAGGUAAGAAGUAGAUUUAAAAUUACUUUUUGGGAUGAUUUAAAUUUUGUUUUAUACGAAAGUAAAGUCCCCUGAAGUCUUGUAUAACAAAGUCCUAGUAUUUCCACUCUUGUCCACAGAGUACGGAGCCGUGUCUCAAGAGGGCGCCAAAGUACUUUCCCUACCUGGGCAGAAAGAUGGUAUGUUGAUAAUUCACAAACAACUUGUCCACACAUACUUCUUUUACUUCACUCAAUACAGUGUGAACGGAUGAAUGUCUAUCCCCCGAGGAGCUUUCUCGUUCUGGUUGAAGGAUCAAACAUUUACACACACGUCUUAACAUGUAACCAACUUUUUCAAAGUAAAAUAAAAUUUUGCAGAUAGAUAAUUUAAAAAAAAAGACUGCUAUGUUUGGUUAUUACAAUGAUUUAAUAUCAUAACAUUUAUCAUUUACGACACAUUUGAAAUAUAUCCGUGCCAGACCAGAAGGAAACAAUCUCCAAGAAUGACAGCAAGUGGUAGAAUAGAGAUAAGUAAAUUGUUGGGAUGGUCCGAGAGUUUCAAUAUACUAGAUGGAGCCCGCCAAACAUUGGCGACAGCAAUGCGUGAACUUCCCGUCUACUAAAGCUACUUGACAAAAACGUCAACUCAAGUAACGCACAUUUAAGAAUCCCAGUAUUUGCUACACCCCUUCCCCCAUAAUACGUCACUGCACACUUUUUAUUUCACGCCCAUGAACUAUAUUAAUAUUCUCAUGUCCCAACCACUUUUAAACCGAAUUAUUUUACACAAUACUUAAAUUGAGACGAUUUCAUUUCCGAAAAGAAAAUAUUACGCACCAAACGCAAUUGCAUUAUUAAAAAAAAAUAUAUCAUUUAGCGUAGUUAUCAGGAAUUAUAUAUUGUGCGCUAGUGAACUCAUUAUUGAACCACACUCUGGCGUAUCUGUAUAUAGCCUGCGUGGUGUUGGUGUUUGACCUUUGCUGGCGAAUUAUAUAUAUAUUAUAUAUAUAUCUUAAAGUAGCAAAUUAAAAUUAUCUUCCCUUUGAAUGCCAGAAGUGAUUAAUGAAGUGAGCAAAAAAUGGAACGUAGACCGCUUCCUGCUCUGAACAUUGACCUACAUUGACCUACAUUGACCUACAUUGACCUACAUUGACUUUUUUUGGAGAUUUUCGAGCACACACGUUUGAAUUUUUAAUGAUCUGUAGUUUCAUGUUUUGUAUUGUCUGCUGAAGACGGCGUCCAACUGAAACGUCCUUUCAAUUACCCUGUCAUUUCUUCAAAAGCCUAAACACAUCUUGUGCCAAGUUUAUUUACUUCGCACGGCCUGAACACAUUUCCUUAUAUUUUUAAGUGAUACUGACCAUUUUGUUUCCAGGCAGGCAGAAAUCUGACCAACGACAGGAAGAUAACCCUAUGCAUCAUGUAAGUUUCUGAACGUGGACUUGUUUCCCAUAAGAUCAGCCAGCCGUAUUCUAACAUCCACGUCUUUAAAACGUAUCGAAAAUAAAAAAAAACUGCAUCUUAUGAGUUUAAUGUGACCACUAUGUAACUAUGUUUUUCUGGUUUAUAAUUGCUAGUUUCUGGUCAGGGGGGGGGGGCCAUCUUGACACCUUCGGGGACCCUUGGGAAAGUUAGGCUCUGAGGCCCCUUAUUUUUGUCUAACCUAUUCAAGGAAUGUUAAGAGAAAAAAAAGGACCCCAUGUAGGCCAAUGCGUUACUACCAGGUUUUCUUGCAGAUAUUUCAAUGAGAAAAGUUUGUUUUCGCUCCAUAAUUUCUGUAAACGAAUACAUUGGUAAAAUCAUGUUGAUUCCACUUUUAUUAAAAUUACCCAGGGCUAUGAAGGUGACCGUAUAACGAUGUUUGAGCCCCCAAGGCUACCUACACACAUCUACCAACAGCAGCCCAGGAACAGCUACGAUCAAGAUUACGGCCCUUGAAGGCAUGCGACCAAUCAGCGUUUAGCUCGUAGAUUUCAGUUAGCUUACAUUCAUUGUAAAAUCGUACUCUGGUUAUAGUGUACAGUCGUGUGGUAGGCUAAUAAUUUAUUAUUUUGUUUGUGUACAAAUGGACUGUGAUUGGUUUAUGAUCGUGAUAUAAAGCUACAUACAAGUCACCUCACGAAAUAUAUGCUCAUUUUUAGUGUUCAUUAAUUUGACAACAUUCUAUUGUAUCUUACUCAUUAACAAAAAAUUAGUCAUAGCCCGAAUGAUGCCUCUUAAAUCGAGUAAAUCGAGUAAAGGGCCCCUUUUAACCCCUCCCCAAAGCUAACAAAAAUAAAAAAUGAAAUAACAAAUCGACCCAAUACAUCACCACACCAUAUGACGCCACGUUCGCUGUUAAAAAUCUCUCUCCUGCAACAAGGUUGUUUGUUAAGGGCAACACUCGGCAGAUACAGGUUGUUGUAAAUAAAGUGAAUAAAUGCCCGUUUAUACUUGAGCUGAGAUCCCGCGUAAUUCAUUGCCCGCCCCCAGAAAAAAAAAUCGAUAAAUCAAAUAUCGCAACCGUUUGAGGACCUUUCCCUAAGCCAGAGACCCGUGGAUAAUGAUGAUAUCCUCUCGGACAUUGUAUUCAAAUAUUAUGUCACGCUUUUCGCUCCCCCGUAACGAGACCUGGCACUAGAUUUUUGUCUGUACCAUUUAUCUAUAUAAUAACUUGUGGUAGCUUUAGAAUGCUCAGUUAAUGGUACUUAGUGUAAUCAGUGAAACACUGUCAAUAGUCACAAUAAAUAAUUUAUACCUGUG